AUGUAGGGGCGGGCAUGGAGGACUGUGUAGUGUCCCUGCGUGUUAAUUGUGAAUAAUGGCGGGCUGUGUCGUGUCCCCGUGUGUAGAUUGUGACUGACAACACUACGUGCCGCCUGCUUUGCGAGGUUACAUAACGAACACAGCAGUUGCUGAGGAGCGGCAGUGCAAAGAAUGCUGGGAGUUGUAGUCAAAUUCUUCAGACAAAUUGUAACUGAGGUGGCUUCGGCUUUGUAUUGUCAUUGUCUACGCAAUAAGUAUGUUUUACACCUGUCUGCUUCUGGGCAAACGAGGGAUCCUAUCUAAAAUCUGGAUUGCCGCACACUGGGAGAAGAAACUAACCAAGGCGCACAUAUUUGAGUGCAACCUUGAAACAGCCAUCCAAAGCAUCAUGAAGCCAAAAGUUGUGAUAGCCCUUAGGACCUCAGGUCAUUUACUUCUUGGAGUUGUACGUAUAUACCACCGAAAGGCAAAAUAUCUUUUAGCCGAUUGUAAUGAAGCCUUACUCAAUAUGAAGAUUACAUUUCGUCCAGGAGCUCUGGAUCUUACAGAAAAUAACCAAGAAGCCAGUUACAAUGCUAUCACUCUUCCUGAAGAAUUUCCAGACUUUGAUAUGCAGUUGCCUGAUUUAAAUUUAAUUGAUGUGGCUGAUCAUUUUACUCUGAAUCAGAGCCGAGUGGAGGAGAUCACAAUUCGAGAGGAGCUCAUCAGACAUGAUAGCUUUGAUGACCUUGACAUAUUCAGGCAUGGCUCUACAAGUGAUAUCCCCUUUGAAGUUAGUACCAACAGUGUCUUACCAGAGCAGAGUUCUGCCCUUCUACCUGGUGAUUCAAGAGAUCUUUUCGCAGAUGACUUCUUUGGAGAUGAAGGAGCAGCAACAGAUUUUUUUGAUGACAAUCAGCAGUUUAUUGAAUCCUAUGCACUGAACACAAAUAAAGAUCUAAACCAAGAUGUAAUGCUUCCACCAGAAGAUCAGCCACCAGAGGCUUAUGUAGAUGAAACCCAAGAUUCACCUAUGGAAGAUGUUCCAGUUGCGAAUACCACCACCCUGGUCUCUGAUGAAGAAAUUGCCUUUGUCCUAGAGCCUGUUGAUGUUUCAGUGAUUAAAAAGAAAAAACGAACUAAGAAAAAGCGUAAAUUAAUGGUGGACAGUAUAAAGGAGAUCCCAAGCAGGCGCAUGCAGGAGCAGCUGCAGGAUACAUCUGACAUUGUGACCACUUUGGAUUUUGCGCCCCAAACUCAUCACCUUAUGGAGUUGAAGCUGAUGGGAGGAGUGCACUGGCUGCUGUCUCACCCAAGUCAACCCAUAAUCAGUGCUGAGCUGUUACAGCUAUUUACAUCAAUAAACAGAAAUAUGCAGAAAGAACCAGUAAAGCCUACAAAUAAAACACCUCAACAUGAGCAAGAGACUGAAUUACCCCAGCUGGAGGAAGCCAAACUAACAGAGGUCAGCUCUUCCAUAACUGAAGAACCUUUAGAUACAGCGCUAGAUCUGAAUGACUACAAUCAACCAACAAGUGAUAUGGACAGCUCUGUGCAUGAGGAACAUGUUGAUCAUUUGUUGGGUAAUUCUCCAGGAUGUCUGCAUGAAGUAAGUACUAGUGAACCAACUUCGAGUGGCCAGAACAAUGAUGAGCAGCAAUGGAACAAAAGAACACAAAACCUCCUUAAUGGCCUGAGAAAGCUGAACCAGUCUGGUGUGAGCACCUUCAGUUUUCAGAACCUUUGUAAGAACAACAAGCGUAAGCAGGUGUCUACCAAGUUCUACAGUUUCCUGGUGCUUAAGAAACAGUCUGCCAUCAAGAUGACACAGAGCGCUCCAUAUGACAACAUUACUGUUAUCCCAGGACCCAGAUUCCAUACCCUGUAAUCUCAUGGCAGCAUGCCAUUAUUUACUUGAAAAGUUCUGUUUGUCUGGUACUGUAACUUAUUUAAUAUAUAAGUGUGUAAAAAAAGUCAUAUGUGUAACACACCAUCACCUAAAAACCCGCAUUCCCUGCCAUACUAUCAAAGUUAUAUACAUUUGACACUCGCAUAAAGUAGAUCUAUACUUGAUCUAAGUCGAUCUAAGAACGUGGCAAUGGGUCCAUACUCUGCCUCCAUGCACCAUUAAUUUUAUAUAGCACAAUAAUUUUUUUUACACAGAUGCUCCAGUAUACUCCAUUUUACCAACAAAUUGAAUAUUGUGCUUUAUAGAGGCAAUAGCUGCACUUUGCCUAUAGGGCUGUAAUUCAUAUCCAUUUUGCCAUGUGCAUAUGCCCCAACUGAAGUCACUUGGUGUUUUACUAAACCUACUAUUAAAAUCUGUUCCCGAGGUUAUAUCUGGCUAUAGUGGAAGGUGGCAUUUUAUUCACAUGGGCAACAGACGUAAAGAAUGAACAAACCCACUUUCUGCCGUUUUUAAAUCUGUCAUUAGUCUGAAAUGUAUAAAAGGAAACUUUAUAAAAUAUUAGGACACUUGUGUGUUCCAGGGUAUUUAUAAGGUUGGGCUGGCUAUACUGCAACUUUAUGUAGUCCUAAAAGUUUGUAUUUAAACUUGCCACAACUGCAGUCCAAAAUCUAUAUUGAGCUUUAUGCAACUGGGUGAACUGCAGUAGUCACUCAGUAGUUAGAAUGAAUUUUUUGGCGCUCCAAAAAAAAAGCAUAGUGCAGUCCUGUCUUUAGCAGACAUUGGGUUAAUAAGCAGCAUAGGGGAGCAUAACUAUCAGUUAUAGAGCUUGUUUGACUCCUGACAAUAUCAUCAGUUUGAAAGUGACUGCUUUUCAUCCAGCUACAGAGUCUGUAGUACGGACGACACGUUAUUGAGAAUCAUUAUAUCAUAGCGCAAAAUACACAACUGUGUAAUAAAAAGUUCUGGCUGCUUUUCACAUAACAGCUGCAUACUUUAAGACCGUGAUCUUAUAACGUGUGGUUCUCCAGAUGUUGCAAAGCUGCAGACUGUCAGGGCAUUCCGGAAAUUAUAGUUUUGCAACAGUUUGAGAACCACAGGUUGGGAUUCAUUUCUUUAGGGUAUAUUAACCUCAACCAGAAUAUAUUCUACAAGAACAUUCUCUAAAACAAAGUUUAAUGAAUUAUUUAUGCAAUGUUGUCACCCAUUUUAUUUCCCCUUAUUUAUUUUCAUUUAUUCAAUAAAUUAUUUUAUCACUGCACCUGCUGCAAUCAG